AUGGCAUCAUCCACAACACCAGCCAAACUCAUCGAUCCACCACCUAUUGAUUCAUUGCAAUACUCAGCAGAGAAAGGUCUUGGUUUGCUAUUCGAAAGUUUGGAAAAGAAAAAGAAGCCAACAACAACACUUGUAUCAUCAAAGGAAGAAACCACAGCAAAAGUAACAGCAACAACACAAUUACCUUCAUUAAUACUUGAUCAAUCAUUCUAUGAUCCAAUUUCUCCUUCAUCAUCCUCUUCAUCAGUAAUAAUUGCAAAAAACAAAAUUGGAUAUUCCAGUGUAUUUGUAGAUAAAUUACUUGAAGGAAAUUUAAUUUAUAGAUGGAAUGUUAAAAUUAUUAAUUUGAAUUCUUGGUUUUCUCUUGGCGUUGCAAACACUUCAAUUGUCAAGGAUCACAGAUUUUCAUUUACACCAUUUGAUGAACAUGGUCAAUUUAUGUUUUCUGCAAAUGGUUAUAUUUGGGAUAGAAGAAUUGCAGGAGAUACUAAACAUUUGGUGAUUAAAGGAGGUAGCUAUGGAGUUGGAGAUGUUAUCACAGUAGAGUUGGAUACAAGAAUUGGUCAAUUGACAUUUUUAAAGAAUGGUAUUGUUGUGAGUUCUGUGAAAAAUGUUGGAUUACCUGUUUAUCCUUCUUUCAUGAUGCAUGGAACUGAGAGUGUCGAGUUUAUGGGUGUAACUGAGACUGAAGCUAUGGAUGCAGUACAGACCUUCGAAUUUGUCUAUCCUAAACAUCAUUAUCAAUGCACAAAUGGAGUUAUUCAAAAAUUGACAUCAGGUUCAUAUGCUUCUCUAUUUUUAAGGAAAUCAUUAGGAGAUGCCAAGGAUUAUGGAAUAUAUAGAUGGAAAAUCAAAGUUUUGACACAUGCAAAUUGGAUUGGUGUUGGAGCUGUUGAUCAAGAAAUUGCUCAGGAAUGCUACUAUGAUCUUUCUCCAUUAAUUAGUUUUGGAGGAUACAUGUACACUAUUAACGGUUAUCUUUGGAGUUGCUGCUAUAAUGGAGAUAGUAAGAACUCCAAUGUUGGAAUUAAAUCUUCCACUGGAGAUGUCAUUACUCUGGAAUUGAAUUGUUCAACAAGGGAAUUUACAAUUACAAAGGAAGAAGUGAAUAUUGCAUCCUUCAAGAAUGUCAAAUUGCCACUUGUCCCAUUGGUGAUGUGUUAUGGACUUGAUGCUGUUGAAUUGUUAGAUUUUCAACAAGUCACAUCGUUUCCUUCACCAAACCUUCCAAAACUUGACAACUCUUACGAAUUUAAUUGUGAUUCGAGUAUGAUUGAAAAGAAUGGUUCAUUGAUUAGGAAACUGUCCAAUAAUGGUGAAUAUUCAAAUGUUUGGCUGAAUGACAAAUGUCAAACUGAAGAUAAUAUCAAGAGAUGGAGAGUUAAAAUUGACUAUUUGGAUCAGUACAAUGCUAUUGGUGUUUUGAUGGAAAACCAAACAAACCAGCUUAAAUUUGCUACAAAUCCUUAUAAUCAAGAGGGAGCCUAUCUAUUAGAUCAUGAGGGAAAUACUUGGAAUCGAUUUGUGGAGCCAAAGUUCACCAAGGAUCCAAAGGCAAGUUACAAGAUUGGAGAUACUAUCAUUGUAGAAAUGAACUGUUUAAAUUGUGAGCUCACAUUUUAUAAGAAUAAUUUUGCAAAUAGAGUAACUAGAAUCAACCAUGUUAAAUUGCCAGUUUACCCAUUCUUUAUGCUCUUUGGAAAUGAAUCUUUGAGAAUAUUGAAAUAUUCAGAUAAUAUUUUGGAUGUUUCUAAUGGAACAAGACUAUUGGGAACUAUUCCUUCCUUCAAAUGUGAUCGUUCCUGUAUAGCUAUCAAUCAAAACAGAAUAAGCAAGACAGUAGCUGGUUUCUACUCUUCAAUAUUCAUUGAUACCUUACUAGGAACUACGAAUCAUUGCAAUUCCACAUUCAAAUGGAAAAUCAAAGUUGUAAAAUUCACAUGGGUUGGUAUAGGAGUCAUGAGAAGGGAUACUGCUGAUGAAGGUGUAUAUGGAACUGAUGCAAAUCUCAACGUUGGUGGAUACUUCCUCUCUGGAAAUGGUUACGUUUGGGAUAAACAAUUAAAAAACAUGCACAACUACAAGAAGGAAGGAGCAGAGUUUGGAGCUGGAGAUGUGUUAACACUUUCUUUGGAUUGUAAAAGUCAACUAUUACAAAUAUUUAAAAAUGAUAAGGAACUUGCCAGUUUUGAAAAUGUGAGACUUCCUGUCUAUCCAUUAGUUAUGCUCUACCAUCCAGAUUGUGUUGAAUUUGAAUGGUUGUAAAAUAAUUCAUGAAACUAUUCCAUUAGAUUACAAAGACAAUUAUGUUACUAAUAACACCAUUAUUGAAAUGUUGUGUUUUUUGGGCAUGGUAUUAGAAUGUUGCCUUUGUGGCUACUGAACUGUCACUAUCCAAUCAGGAAAACCCAUCACCAAAUUUGUACAAUUUUUUAAAAUGCUUGUUUUUC